AUGUCGGAUAUCGAAUGCUCUUUAAUAUUCUGGGUGAAAUUGGUAAAAUUCUGUGAUCAGAAUUUAUAUCCCAGUUAUGUUUUUUCGCCCUUCUUUCAUCCUCAUAUUUCUCCUUAUCGUAGUUCUAUUUCCUCCAACUACGUGUCAGUCCAUUUAUAGUUGGCUUAUGCCUUAGUGGCUUUCGAUUCGAUUACUACUACCAUUUUAUCAGUAGCAGAACAGUUCUACGGUCUUAACUCACCCGCUUUGAUGCGGUCUCUAUACUGCCAUUCCGAUUAUUAUGAGAGCAUGAGAAAGAAGAGCAUUCGGGGUUAUGGUUCUUUUACUGGGCUCAUUUGCUUUUCUCCCUUAAUUUCCUUGUGGUAUGUCUUCAGAAGCGCUUUUUAA